UUUUGGGCCUAAGAACUUCGUGUUCUGUUUUUUAAGCUAAGCACCUUUUAUGGAGCCGCGAGGUUUUAAGCUUUAAACACCUUUUACAGGGGGUUUCAGAAUUUCAGCUGACUACGUGAAGCAGUUGGAUUAUCGCACGGUGAUAGGGAGGAUAUAUGGCAGUACCAGGGAGACCUAACGGCUUGGGAGAUGAAGACGAAGAUGACGAUAUAUUCGUCGGAGAAGAAAUGGAGUUACAACCACUGGAUGCUAACACUUACCCUCACCUUCGCCAAGUUGCCAUUGCAGCCGAGCACGGUCAGCUAGAGUCUCUUCGCCAUGCCCUAGGCAACUUAAGUAACAUUAAUGAACCAGUAGAAGAUGGAGACACAGCUCUGCAUCUUUCCUGUUUGUACGGCCAACUCCCAUGUGUUCAGCUGUUGCUAGAAAAGGGAGCCUAUUUGGAGGUCAAGGAUGCGGAGGAUGCUAUUCCCUUGCAUGAUGCCUGUGCAGGAGGAUUCACUCAAAUUGUACAGCUUCUUAUCAAUAGUACUAGUGAUCCUGCAUGUGUAAAGAGGAUGUUGGAGACAGCUGAUGUGGAAGGUGACACACCUCUACAUCAUGCUGCUAGAGGCGAGCAUGUAGAUGUUAUUAGGUUGCUGCUUGCUUCUGGGGCUUCUCCUACCAAGACGAAUGUGUAUGGGAAGACCCCUGGUGACCUUGCUGAAUGUGACACUGAAGCUAAGAGAGUUUUGGAAGAGGCUGUGAUAGCAAUGCGUGGCUGCUAAGUUUUUGGAUUAUAUCAUGAACGUGCUUUUUGAAAUCAUCUUUGACCAUAUGAUUCUGAUUGUUGUUCACUUUGUGUACUUGGAAUGUUUUGUCUAGUGAUUUGCAAGUAUGACAAACUUAAUGUGUACCCUCAGUUUGCCUUUGCUCUUAUACAGAACAACAGACUGGAGCUAGAUGGUGUUCCCCCUCAUUUAC